CCCAGGAUUUCCUUGUGCAGCUUGGAGGGCGGCAUACGUGUGAGAAUGGCGGCUGUGCCAAAUGUGGUGAAGUGGCAAUCUUUGCGGAUCCUCUGAUUUGGAGAACAAUCCUGCGCGGCGGCCGACAUUGACUAGGGAGGACGGAUAAACAUGCAGCUUACGGUGGUUGCGUAGCCAGGGCUAGAGGCUUCUCCUUCCCUGUGGCAUUGGACACAAAAGGCGGGCCGGCAAUGGGGGAUGCAGGCGGUCUGGUACAGAGAUGCAGUAUGUCUUGAGGGUGAUGUGGUAGGAGCGGUUGCAAGCCCGAGUUGUAAUCGGGGGUCGCGACUGUGUCUGUUCCGAGCGAGAACCACCAGGAAGGCAAGUGGAUCCUGCAUCUGGAGACUUGCGAAAAACAGUUAUCAUCACAAAAGAGCUCCCCGCCAGCUAUCCUCACCACCCCAAGCCUUCGCCUCUCAAGAACAACCCCCCAGAAUGGAGAACCUGACGCUCGAUCCUGAUCUGCCAAUAUCAUCCACCCCGCGCAACCCGAAAAAGGCCCUCAAGCGCCCGCGCGACGACAUGCGCGACAGCACCGCUGACGUCAGUGGCAGCGUCAUGCCAGUGCCAAUGGUCCUCGAUGGGGAGGUGGACGGCACGACGGGAUCGUCCGAUGGAGAUUCGGGACAGUCCGAUCCGUCCGAGAGCUUUGAGCAGGUCUGCGAUCGCCACGUAAGGCGGUUCCUGAGAGCGAAUUCUGGGAAGGGCAAACCGAGCACGCAGCAGGGACUGGAGCAUGGGGACAGGACUCCUAGCGGUGGGGUGUUCGUUGCUGGUGUGCCCCGCAUGUUCGGCGGAGGCAACUGCUUCGGACGGAACGACUCUAUCGGCUCCAAAUCGGACGUCUUGUCGCAGCAAGACCCGUCCGAAGUCCUCCCCGACCUGCCUACGGACGACCCAUACCCCUCCAGCGCCGGUCAGCCUAACCCCGUUCAACCAACGCCCAAUCCGUCAAACCUUGAUCAGUUAACCGGUGGUCAACCACUCGUUGGUCAGCCUAUUGCUGGUCAGCCGUUCCCAAACCCCGACCUGCCAAGUUCGGAUGAAUCAAAUUCCGGUCUGCUUAACCCGGAUCAGCCCGCCUUUGAUCAGCCAAGCACCGGUCAGCCUUCCUCAGGCCAGCCAAACCAAGGUCCGCCAAACCCGAAUCCGUCUAACCCGGAUCAGCCGACCGAGCGGCCGACAAACGCACCGGUUCCAUCUCCGCUUCAGAGGAGUACCGCGGACCCCAUUCCGUCCCAGGGGGGUGCCGACAACCCCCCGCGCUGCCUUAACCUCCGGGGGGGGAGCGCCGAACUUGAAUUGUCCAACGUCGCGCUGACGUUUGCCCUGGGAGCCCCGGAGUCCAAUGACCGCCAGCCACGUGGCUUCGAGCCAUUGGACCUCCCGAGCAGCAGCACGCACGGGCAGGCGGUUAUGGACGAGCCAAAGGAUAACGAAGAAGAGUCACCGCCGAGCCGGGCGCGCGAAAACUUCGGUUUCCUCCGCCACCCGGAAGCGCUCCUCAGCCGCGAGCCGGGCCCGUCGACGCCCCGUGGGGGGGACCCGGGGGCGUCGACCUCCGGGGGGGUUGUCCCGGGCGCGGAACCGCCGCCUCCGACCGUGGAACAAAGCCCCCCGAGCCCGGACACGAGUUUCGACCAGCGCGUGGAGUACCUGUCGCAGCAGUUCAUCGACCCGCCGUCCAAUCCCGGAAGCUCCUCGCACUCUGCGGCGUCGAGUUUCGACUCGAAACGCACGGCGUCGAGCGGGGGAUCCCCCGAGGACUUCCGGGAAACGUCGGCGGUGCCCCGGGGGGGCGAACCGGUCCCGUGGCGGGAGUUGUUCGCCCUUCUGCCAGAGGCCCGCGGGGGGGGGCCGAGAGACACCGUCAUGUCUGAUCCCAACCGGCCCGGACAACCGAGCAGUUCUGGGCAACCGGGGAGUUCUUCGCAACCGGCGGCCGGCCGCCAACGGAGCGCCUCCGCCGAGCAGUCGCCCGCGUCUUCCGGCGACAACUCCCGCCCGCGAAUUUCGAUCACGCUCUCCCCGGGGUGCUCCCCCGACCGCAGCAUUGUCCUUCCGGGGCUCCCAGACGACCUCGCCAUGCUGUGCGUCGCGCGAGUGCCGCGGCGGGUCCUGGCGCAAGUCAAGUGCGUCAGCAAGGCGUGGGCGAUGCUGAUUCGUUCCGAGGAGCUGUACAAGAUCCGGGGGGACAACGCUCUGUCAGAGCCCUGGCUCUACGCGCUCUGCGAGUCCCCCCGCUGGGGACCUUGGCGUGUCUACGACCCUGUCAAUCGGAGAUGGCACUUCCUGCGCAGUCCCCUUCCCGGUGCGGACCGCCAACUGGUCCACGCGAAGUUCUCCACGAUUGCGCUGCACGAAAAGAUGCUGGUGGUGGGCGGUUGCUACUUCCGCAGCUCGGGGGAUCCCUCCGACGGAACGAUGCUCGAAAUGGAUCAGCACGCGUUGCGCGAUCUGCGGGUCUACGACCCGGUCAAGAACCGGUGGUCGUGGGCGGGCGACAUGAAUAUCGCGCGGCGCUCGUUUGCGAUUGGCGAGAUCGACGGGAAGGUGUAUGUCGCGGGGGGGCUGGGGCAGAACGGGGAGCUGCUAAACAGCGCGGAGGUCUACGACCCGAGCACCAACCGGUGGACGAUGCUGCCCAGCAUGAGCGUCGCCCGGUAUGGCUGCGCCGGGGCGGUCCUGCAUGGGAAGCUCUGGACUUACGCCGGGAGAAUACACGCCGGGGACGAGAACCCGGGGGGCUGGAGGGCCAGCUCGUCUGCUGAGGUUUUUGACCCGGAGACUGCCACGUGGCGCACCGUGGACGAGAUGUGGAUGCGGAAGGACCUGCCCAACCCGGCCGCGGUCCUCGACGAAAUGCUGUACACGGUCGACUGCGAAGAUGACUGCAAGAUCAAGUGCUACCGCGAGGCGACCAACUCCUGGUUCGUCGUCGACCAGCUGCCUCUCCCGGCGGAGAUCAAGCACGCGGGCUCGCGUUUGGUCGCCUUCAAUGGGGAACUUUACAUGCUCGGGGGGACCAUUUUCUACCGGGACGGCGACCUGAACCGGGGCCGGAAUGUAAACACGGUGGAGGUUUUCAACCCGGGGGCGUUGGCGCGCGGGGAAAACGCGUGGCGGUCCGCACCCAACAUGGGCGACGGGCGGGGGGGGAUCUGGGGCUGCGCGGUGCUCAGUCUCUAGUACCCCCCGAAAAGGGGAAGUGGGGGGUGGGGGUGUCCGGGGUUGCGCCGUUGCCCCUGUGAAGCCCCCCCGGAAUAAAGGGACGCGGCGUUUUGAUUAUUGUGGUGUUGGUGCGGAAUGCAGUAGGAGGACUAAAGGGUGGCGCGGAAGGGCUCCGUGAAAGAAGCGGGCGGAAGAGUUGGGCGGAAAGACGGUGGCGGACCCGGAAACCGGCGGAACGAGGGUGAUUGUCGCUCCUGCACAGUCAAAUGCAUUGCAUGCGCGCGGCCUGCGGAUCUCCGGCGUCUAGCGAAAAAGGUUUAUUUCUGUGGAAUUUUAAGCGCACGCGAACGAGAGAUUUUAUUCACUGAGCUGGCUCGCACGGCGGAUAGCGGAAACGCAAGCGUCAGGCUACCGGACGAUGCUUGGUCUCCCUGCAUUAGGACAGGUGGAUUCUUAAAGACAGUCAUGCAGAUCGCUUCAAAUCGACUCUCCGAAGUUGAGCCUGAGGCGGAUUUUACGGUAAACAUUCUAGAAUUUUCUUCGUUACUCGGUCAGGAUUGCUUUGGCUUUAGCCGUGCGUACAAGCAACGAGCUGAUUGGUUGUAAGUGUAGGUGGCGCGAGUUGCAAGUCUUUGACAGAACUCCGAGAUAGUAGGCAUGUACCGUAGAUUGAUAAACGGGACAGAAAGAUCAUAGCCAGUAAGGCAAGAUACGUUUUGCACAGGGAAGCCAGAUUCUUAACAGCGCUAGGCACGCUUGUGAACAUUGCACCGCAUGGAACUCUUCACUACAUUCAUCUCUUUAAACCGGAAAAGGUGCUUCUAAGGAAGGAUACUAUGAUACUUCUCGCAG